UAACUGAACAAGCGAUCAUGGCUCAGCUUCACUCUCUUGAAACCAAGGUCCCGAUGAAAUCCCCCGAGAAGCUAGCAGCUGUGUUCAGGGACAACGUCCACUCCCUGCCUCAGUUGGUUCCCGGGAUCAUCAAGACCGCCGAGAUCAUUGGAGGCGGCCGCCAAAUGGCUCCAGGAUCCGUCUUCAUCUCCCAAUAUUCCUUCCCUGGGAGUCCGUUGAUGAGUGUGAAGAUCAAGUGGGAAGCGGUGGACGAAGCAGAAGGGAAGUGGCUGACGUUGAGGGUGAUAGAAGGCGAGAUGCUGGAGAUGUACAAGAGCUACUGCGUCAGAGUCGAAAUCGACCGCGAUGCUGGACAGGUUGGGUGGCUGAUUGAGUACGAGAAGGCAAACCCAAACGUUCCUCCUCCUCGCCAAUAUGCUGAACUGAUCUACACCCAGCUCUGCAAAGCCUCCGACAAUUAAUUAGUGCUGUUCAAGUGUUAUACUU